AUGUCUAACAUAAAUAUCAUGAUGAACAAAUCAAUUUAAAAAUUUAGAAAUCAUUAGCGUAUAGACAACCAGAAAAAACAUUCUUUAAUCAACUUGGUACUCUAGGAGAGUUUAUCAACGAGAUAAGCAGCACAGAAGCUAUAAAUUAAAUAUUCCACAGCUAAGUAUAUUGUGAAGAAUUUUAAAAAUAAAGGGAAUAAUUUAGAUGAACACGAACAACCUCAAAGUAAAUAAAAAUCAAUGGUCUCAAAUGUAAGUAUUAUCAUAGAUGUCUCUGAUGGAAAUAUUUCUCUAGUGAAAAAUAGCCAGAAAUUAUGCUAUUCUAAUCAGCAUUCUCUGUAGGAGGAACUCAAAAACAGCAAUUUACUUUAAACUUCAGAGUUAAUUUUUUAGAAGUUAGGGAAAAUUCCUUGGAAUAAAAUCAAUUACAAAGACUGUCGUGACACUGAAUUUUUAAAGGCCUAUAUACUUAAAUAACAUUAUCUGAUGAAAAAAUCAUGA